AUGGCUUCCAAGCUCUCGGUUGCUGUUCUUCUCCUCUGCGUCGGAGUGUGCGUGGCUCGCAACAGCGACUUCUCCAUCGUCGGCUACUCGGAGGAGGACCUGUCGUCGCACGACAGGCUCAUCGAGCUGUUCGAGAAGUGGCUGGCCAAGCACGAGAAGGCGUACGCGAGCUUCGAGGAGAAGCUGCACCGGUUCGAGGUGUUCAAGGACAACCUGAAGCUCAUCGACGAGAUCAACCGGGAGGUGACCAGCUACUGGCUGGGCCUCAACGAGUUCGCCGACCUCACCCAGGACGAGUUCAAGGCCGCCUACCUCGGCCUCAGCCCUCCUCCGGCUCGCCGGAGCAGCAGCCGGAGCUUCAGGUACGAGGACGUGGCAGCCCACGACUUGCCGAAGGCGGUGGACUGGAGGAAGAAGGGCGCGGUGACGGACGUGAAGAACCAGGGGCAGUGCGGCAGCUGCUGGGCCUUCUCGACGGUGGCGGCCGUGGAGGGGAUCAACGCCAUCGUGACGGGCAACCUGACGGCGCUGUCGGAGCAGGAGCUCAUCGACUGCAGCGUGGACGGCAACAGCGGCUGCAACGGCGGCAUGAUGGACUACGCCUUCUCCUACAUCGCCUCCAGUGGCGGGCUCCACACCGAGGAGGCCUACCCGUACCUCAUGGAGGAAGGCAGCUGCGGCGACGGCAAGAAGAGCGAGUCCGAGGCGGUGGUGUCGAUCAGCGGCUACGAGGACGUGCCGGCCAAGGACGAGCAGGCGCUGAUCAAGGCGCUCGCACACCAGCCCGUGUCCGUCGCCAUCGAGGCCUCGGGCAGGCACUUCCAGUUCUACAGCGGGGGGGUUUUCGACGGUCCGUGUGGCGCGCAGCUGGAUCACGGCGUGGCGGCGGUCGGGUACGGGUCGGACAAGGGCAAGGGGCACGACUACAUCAUCGUGAAGAACUCGUGGGGCGCCAAGUGGGGCGAGAAGGGGUACAUCAGGAUGAAGAGGGGCACCGGCAAGGGCGAGGGCCUCUGCGGCAUCAACAAGAUGGCCUCCUACCCAACCAAGGACAACUGA